CGCACACGGUUGGACACAAGCGACCUACGGAAAUUACAUGUUGCCCAAGCGUAUGCGUACAGACGUCGCUUCAUGAUGGCACACAAGACGUUACUAGUGCGGGGUCCGCCUACUGAUCAUGCACCCAUUAGAAGCAGUCUUACCGCUCGCCGUGAAAGUUGGGAGGAGACCAUUGUGACAAUAUAACGAGAAACGGCGUGUCUACUCUGUACUGACCAUUAUUCGAGCUCUAAAGUCCACUGGCGCUAGGAUCCAGCACCAUGGGGAACGAUCAGCGACGUCAACAUAGCUCUAACAGCGGGUCCAGUCAACAGUUGAACUACAAGCCGACCAGGCCAAAUUAUGGAGAUAUUCCCACGAUUGUGAUACAUCCGCCUUCUGAUACAAAGAAAGUCGUGAAUACAUCGAUCAUCGCAGAUGUCGUCAGUUCUUCGCCAGCAAUACCAUCACAGGCUAUCAGCCCCGGCUCGCCUUGGAAGAACGAAGGAAACAGGCGUCAUUCGGACCCGAGAUCUCGACUAAGAAGACACAGUAUGCACGGCUUCGAUCGGGAAAUCACUAAAGAGUUCACGCCUCAUGGACAAGAUGAAAAGGGUGCCUCGUCGUCCACACGCCCACGUACAAAGCAAAGCCCCGUACCAGCAGAAGCGGUCUUCGUGGAUGAAAGACCAGAGGGAUGGGUAAUGAAAACACGGACGAUUUACCGGCCGGCGCUUCCCAGAACGAAUCAUAACGUUGACAUAGUAAUGGUUUACAUAUACAGUCAUUCGCAGUGCACACGCGACGGGGAAGACGCAGACAUUGUCUUUCUCACUCCCAACGAACCAUCGAAUGGUGCCGAGGGCAGGCUAUCACCACUUCCGCGACGAGCUAGAACGGCCUUCCCAAGCACUACGGAGACGUACUCAAAGUCGAGCCCAGCAGCACCCAAGAACGACACGCUAGAGUCUGCAGUGAAAGACAUUAGAAGUGUAGAACGCCACCAUCUCGAAAGACCUGAGCGUCAUGUAAAUUGGCUUAACCGAAUGGACAUGCUCCCAAGGCACUUUCCGGAAUCAAGGUGACUACCAUCGGUUUUGAUAUUGCGCCAAAAGCGGCUUUCCCACUGGACUUCACUACUGCUGGACGGCAGCUUUUAAGAUAUCUUGAAAACAUCCGGAAAGACU